AUGUCGGGCCAAAACGAGGGAUUGUCAUUCUAUCAUGCCCCCGAAAGCUCGGGCUUUCGGCUGAUUGAGCUCCCCGCCGAACUAGAGACGCUGCUCGAGGGUCCCAGCCCGCCAGUGCUCUACUUGGAGCCUGGUCCCGAUGACAUGGCUACUCUCCGCAGCCCGGAGCACACCUACAAAAUCAGACAGAAGAAUACCUCCAAUGGCCUGUACCUCAUCAAACCCUACACGCGUGAUGCGGCGUCUCCUCAGCAAGGCGUAGCCGCCAUUGCAACUAUCAGAGAGACAGUCGAACUUGAUCGUGUAAACAAAUUGAUAACAGGGGAUCGUAACCCGGUCACACAGGGUCGUGGAAAAUGGCAUGAGAAAUUUGGUCGCAGCCGAUAG